UUCUUCCUUUGAGAUCUUGACCAGCACACCGUUUGUUUUAACAUCCAUCAGCAGCAUUUAUUUCCUCCUCUGCCACCAGGAUGCCUGUGGAGUUUGAGCUGUGCCCCGGCCGGAUGAUCGGAGGGAACCAUCCAUGCUUCAUCAUAGCUGAGAUUGGACAGAACCACCAGGGAGACAUCGAGAUAGCCAAGAAAAUGAUUAAAAUGGCAAAGGACUGUGGUGCUGAUUGUGCCAAAUUCCAGAAAAGUGAGUUGGAGGUGAGGUUUAACAAGCAGGCCUUGGAGCGUCCAUACACCUCCAAGAACUCCUGGGGGAAAACUUAUGGUGAGCAUAAGCGCCACCUAGAGUUCAGCCAUGAGCAGUACAGGGAGCUGCAGAAAUAUGCAACAGAAGUGGGGAUCUUCUUCACUGCCUCAGGGAUGGACGAGAUGGCUGUGGAGUUUCUCCAUGAAAUUAAUGUCCCUUUUAUCAAAGUAGCAUCUGCAGAUGCUGAUAACUUUCCAUAUCUUGAGAAGACAGCCAAGAAAGGCCGUCCCAUGGUUGUGUCCACUGGGAUGCAGUCAAUGGAGACAAUCCGUCAGGUGUACAAGACAGUGAAGCAGCACAAUGAAAACUUCACCAUCUUGCAGUGCACGAGCACAUACCCUCUGGACCCUGAAGAUGUCAACCUCAGAGUGAUCACGGAAUAUCAGAAGGAGUUUCCAGAUAUUCCCAUUGGAUAUUCGGGUCAUGAGACUGGAAUCGCAAUCUCAGUGGCAGCUGCAGCUCUGGGAGCUAAGGUGAUUGAGCGACAUGUAACGCUGGAUAAAACUUGGAAAGGCAGUGAUCAUGGGGCAUCACUUGAACCCUCUGAACUGGCUGAGCUGAUUCGCUCCAUACGUCUGGUGGAGAAGGCCAUGGGAAGUAGAAUCAAGCAGAUGUUGCCCGGUGAGAAGGUGUUGCACAGCAAGCUGGGAAAGUCUGUGGUGGCUAAGGUGAAGAUCCCCAAAGGAACGGUCCUAACUCUGGACAUGUUGGGGGUUAAGGCGGCUGAGCCAAUUGGAAUCCCAGCUGGGGAGAUCUUCAAGCUGGUUGGGAAGACUGUGACCCAGGAUGUAGAGGAGGAUGCGAGCGUCCUGCCAAACAUGGUGGGGAACUAGAAGAAGAUCGCCAUGGGUUGAUUAUACGUUUUUUUUAAAGCCGCUAAUUUGGCUUUUUCUAGGAUCAUUUGGAGUGGGUCCAUGGUAAACAGGAUUAUAAAAGUGAUGUUAUUGGUGUGUGGGGGAGCUUUGUGAAAUUUAACCUACAAAAUCAGUCAUUUGAAAAUAGUAGUAUAGGAAAAGAAGUUGGUUCUGUUUAUAUCUUGGGUUUGUUGAAGGAUUUCCUUCCUAGAUUCUAUUCUAUGUUGUUGAAGCUAAGGGUAAGGUGGUUUAAACUUUGUGGUUGGUGCUUACAGAAGACGCACAAUAGCUUUUCCUAAUGGAUGCUUAAGGAGAACAUAACACAACAUAACUUUUUUAAACAUUUCAUCUGUCAGCUCAGGGCUAAUUCAUUUCUGAACAUAGCUGGAUGUAACUGGAUUAUACUGUAAGUCGCUAGAAGAACAGCCACACUGUCCAAGUGUUAAUUCUAAGUUAGAGUCACUAUCCUGGUAUUUAAACUCUUGAGUCACCUCUACCAGCCAUUCAGCCAAUGUAUUGUACAAAGCGUCUUCAUGAAACAAGAGCUGGAGUCCAGAUUCCUUAUUCUAAAGCACUUGUGGUUAUUAUGUAAAGGAGGACACCUGUACACAGUGUAGGGUGUAAGAAAAUUUCAUUGUUUUUACACAAUAUGAAGGGAUACAAAUUGAAGAACUGCAAGUUUUGUGGAAAUGCUUAAAUGUAUACAACUAGUUUAACUUAAGCAUGAAAACUAAUGUGCAAAUUGUUGAAAUGAGUUAUUCUAUGGUACUAACUUAUGUUGUCUUAUUACUGCAA